AUGCCAUGGUUCAAAACAAAUUCUGACAAGAAUGAUGGCACACAUAUAGUGUCGAAACUUUCUGGUGACUUUGUGGUUCCUGCCGGAUGCACAGUCAUAGUCGGCACCUACAAAAUGCACAGAAUGCCGGAACACUUUCCGAAUCCGGACGUGUUCGAUCCGGACAACUUCUUGCCGGAGCGAACUGCCAAUAGGCACUACUACGCCUUCGUACCGUUCUCGGCAGGGCCAAGGAGUUGUGUAGGUCGCAAAUACGCAAUGUUAAAAUUGAAGAUAAUCCUGUCGACGAUCCUUCGUAAUUUCCGCGUCCACAGCGACUUAACCGAAAAGGACUUCAGGCUUCAGGCCGACAUCAUCCUGAAAAGGGCCGAAGGAUUCAAGGUGCGCCUGACGCCCCGGAAACCCGGAAGCUCCGUCAGGACUUUAGAGAAUAGACAUCAGAAGUGUGAAAUUAAUAAUAAAAUUGAUACAAGUACUUAUGCACUUAUAGGAACAGGAACCAUAAAAUCUGGGUCUCCCCUAUACUAA